GUCCUCACCCGCGCCGAUAAAUAGCCAUGCGUACGGCAGACCCUUGAGCUCAACGACCGAACAAGCAUCGCAACUGCUGAAGAAGCCUAGCCCACUCGAGAGUUCGAUUGCUGCAUCUCGAUCCGUGGAUUGUUGCAAUGGCGCAGGUGAUAUCCAGCAUUAUUGCGAUGCCGGCCUCAUCGAGCGGCGUGAAGAAGAGGAGCGCCGUCGACGCGGCGGGAGAGGCGGAGCUCCUGCGGCGGCGGAACGCCGAGCUGGAGCGGGAGUUGGCGGGGCUGCGUGGGGAGCUGGACGCGGCGCGGCGGCGCGCGGAGACGGCCGAGCAGGGCGAGGAGCAGCUGUGCGUGCAGCUGGGCGAGGCCGAGGCGGACGCCUUCGAGCUCGCGUGCGCCUACCAGAGCCACGUCGAGGAGCUCGCACGGGAGCUCGCCGCCGCAAGCGCCGGAGUUCCCGCCAGAUCAUAGUUGUACUACCAGGAUUGGCUCUUCUUUGAUUCUUGAAAACGUUGAGACAUGUAGAUUGAAUCUAGUAAAUCAUACGUUAAUACCGCAAUACUACUCCUUUUGUCCUUCAUGUCUGAUCGGUAGCUGCAAUAUAUGUUCUUGCGAAAGAAGAUGCAGUCUGUGGCUGCUGCCAGUGAUCUUGUAAUAAACAAAUUAAAAGAAGUCGAUCAACUUGUAUAUAUAUAGAUCCUUGAUUAACAUCGGUGUAGGCA